UUCACUGGUCGCGGUUAUUGUCAGAGAUAUUGUGUCUAGUGUUAACGAUGGCUCUUCUUAUGGAGCACCAAUUUAAACAGCUUCCAGCCGAUAAACAAGUGGAAACUAGAUCAUUCUUGGAGUCGGUGUCAUAUCUUCCGCCAUUCUUUGACUGCCUUGGCUCUACUGUUUUUGCUCCAAUUAAAGCAGACAUUGUAGGGAACAUCACAACAAUCAAAGCAGUUUUUGACAGCAACCCUAGCAGGUUCAAGACCCUCCAAAAAAUCCUGGAGGCGGAGAAGGAGCUGCAUGGAGCAGACUGGCCCAAAGUGGGAGCCACCCUGGCACUUAUGUGGCUAAAGAGGGGACUCCGGUUCAUCCAGGUCCUGCUGCAGAGUCUGGUGGAUGGAGAGAAGGAUGAGAACAACCCUGACCUUAUCCGUGUAAAUUGCACCAAAGCUUAUGAGUUGGCCCUGAAGAAGUACCAUGGUUGGCUGGUGCAGAAGCUCUUCAAGGCAGCCGUGUUCGCAGCUCCCUACAAGGCAGAUUUCCUGACGGCGCUGUCCAAGGGGCGGAAGGUCAAGGAAGAGGACUGCCUGGACAAAAUCCGACAGUUUCUAGUCAACUUUACUGCCGCUAAUGAUGCUGUCUAUGAAAUGUACACCAAGAUGAAUGCCGAGCUAGAUUACACCGUGUGACCACGCAAGCUAACCCCCGAUUCCCUCAAUGAUCUGCCCCCCAUUGGGACAAUUACAAGCAGUGAGAGUUGCUAUGCUUUCCUACAGGUUUGUGUGUGUGUGUGUUUGUUAGAUCCGGUGUUGUGUCACACAUCCAGUCUGUGCUCUUUAAGAUCUCCUUUGAGUGCAUUUGCUUGCUGCUCUUAAUCAGUAUGUUUCUCUGUCAACUGUUUAGUGGCUUAUUUUCAAUGCCUCAAACUUUCUUACAGGGAAUAGCUUUCAAUAGGACCCGAGUCUCUACAUGGCGAUUUGUGUUUGAUUGUUAUCAGGUUCACUAGGCACAAAAUGAAAGAAAACGUACUGAAAUGGGGAGGAACUACCUGGACUUAUCCAAUAAGGAAUUAUCAUUUUUGUUUUCCACUGCAAAUCGUUUUAAAACAUUUGCCAUUUCUUGCCCCAAUAGAGCAAAACUGCAGAUGCAUCUGAACUGUCGAAAGUAUAGUCUAUGGAUAAACAUUUUGGUCAACUGUAAUUUAUUUUCACUGAAAUACAUAUGUUUUAGAAUUACUGUAAUUAUAAAUUCAUCUUACCCAAGUAACUUAGAUAUUAUUAUUUUGUGUAUGUACGUUUCAUUGAGUUUAUUAUACACAACUGCAUAGCGGGCAGUUCCAUAGUACUCUUUUAAAACUACUAACAGUAGAGAUGGAGGAAAUGAUUGUAUUAGUAAUUGCUAUUUGGUAAUUGUUUGUAGUCACAUGAGUAACCUAUGCACUUUGAGAAUGUUUUCGAGGAUUGUGGUAAAAGAAUAAUCAAAACCAAAAAUAUAUUUAGUUCAUAAUUAUGUAUUUUCUUAUGAUAUUUGAAUAAUAAUAUACAAAUAUUUGUAUUUUAUAUUAAUGAACCUUUUUAACUCUGCUGGUAUGUGAUUUAUUGAUUCUAUCUACUUGAAAAUGUCAUCUAUUUCUUAUUUGUUUAUAUGUUAGAAUUUUCUGACUUUGAUAAUGCAACUGUAUCAUUAGGACAGUAAAUAUAAAUAAAAAAAAUGUGUGUUAUUUAUUCUUUGUUAAAUUUCCAUCCUAAGAGCUGAUUCCAUUGGUACAUCAAUGUGAUUGUGUGUUACUAAAUAUAUUGUGGUAUUGAUUAGUGUCUUAUAUAAUCAUAAAAAUGCAAUUUUACAUAAUCACAUCUUGGAACUCAAAACUAAAUCUG